UGCAGACGAUCACCUUUUUGUACCGACGCCGGGCAGCGACACCGGUUAACGCAUCAAAACCUAAACCCUCGAGCUGAGUUGGCGAGUUUAGCUUAUUAUUAUCCAGCUACUUUUUUUUUUUUUUUUUUUUUUACUAUUUUUAUGCCAUAACUCGCUCCGUAGACAUGGACACCACAAUAUUUCAGCUGAGGUUGUUUGUUCAUCAGCGGCUGUACAGAGCGGCAGAGGAGAUCCUCGGAGAGGUGGAGAAAGCCAUCACGUUAGCUUCACACGAAGCCGAAGUUAGUCGAUCUAAAGAGGAGGAGGAAAGUCUGCGACACCAGCUAGACCUCCAUCGAGAGAGACCAGCUGCAGAUCCUUCAUUGACCGGCAGCACAGAGGACCAUGGAGAAAAAUGUGAUGCUGCACUGCUGCAGGAGAACCCAGGACCCUCAACACCAGAAGAGUCCACCUUAAGUCUGAGUGCUGAGGACCCGGGACCCUCUCAAACCAGCACGGAUCAGGAGAAUAAUAACUGGAAUGACUGCUUGGUUGAAACGGACUUCAAGAUUUCGGAGAUAAAGAAAGAGGUGGAGGAACCCAGGGAUGACGUUCAAACACAGGAUGUGGAUUUUCCUUCACCUGAAAUUGUAAAAAGCGAGCAAGAUCAGCCAGAGACACAAGUGCCAUAUGAAAUGCAACCAGUUUCUUCAGACUGCUCUGCAGCUCAGAGCGGGAACAUUGGCGAUCAUGAGCUGGUUAAGAGCAAAGAAGACAAGACCAAACCAAGGAGAAAGAAAGGAAAGACACUCAGAGGAAAACGUUGGAAUAAUAUUAAGAAAGACCAUGCACCAUUGCCUCGCUACAAAAAUGAAAAGGAGUACACUUUGUGUGAUUUUUGCGGCAGGAGAUUUCAUUACAUCGGCUCUUUGAUGAAGCACAUAAAAACACAUGAAAGCAAACACGACUGCAGCAUUUGUAGACUGAAAUGCCAGUCCAUGAAGCAGCUGGUAGCUCAUUUGAAAAGCUGGCACAACAAAACAUGUGUUUGUAACUUUUGUGGCAAAAUUUUUUCCAAAUUUGGAUUUCUCCGGCACCAUGAAAAAAUGCACCAAGCUGCAGAUCCUUCACUGACCAGCAGCACAGAGGAACAUGGAGAUACAUGUGAGACUCCACUGCUGCAGGAGAACCCAGGACCCUCAACACCAGAGGAGUCCAACUUUAGUCUGAGCGCUGAGGACCCGGGACCCUCUCAAACCAGCACAGAUGUGGACGCUAAGAACUUGAACGACUGUUUUGUUGGAACAGACUUCAAAAUGUUGGAGAUAAAAGGAGGGCAGGAGAAACUUUGGGAUAACAGUCAAACACAGGAGAUGGAUUUUCCUUCAUCUGAAAUUGUAAAUAGCGAACAAGAUCAGCCAGAAACACAAGUACCGUAUGAAUUACAGCCACUUUCUUCAGAGUGCUCUGCAGCUCAGAGUGAGAACGACAGUGAUGAGGAGUUUAACAACAAAGGAGAACAUACAACAGAACAGGAACCACAAAGCGGCGGCGUAGGUGAUGAGACGGACCAAAUGGCGUUGCUUAAUGACAAAAGUUCUGCCGAAAGUGAAAAGGAACGCAGUUUUUGCCAGUUUUGCGGCAAAAGAUUCCAGUACAUCGGCUGUUUGUUGAAGCACAUAAAAACACACGAGAAGAAAAACGAUUGCACAAUCUGUGGGCAAACAUGCCAGUGUACAGAGGAGCUGAUAGCUCACGUGAAAAGUCACCACCCAAAAUCACACUUUUGCGAUGUUUGCGGAAAGACUUACACCAAGCGCAAUUUUCUCUGGCUGCAUGAAAGGAUACACAUAGACAAAAAAGAGUUUGCGUGUGAAGAAUGUGGCAAGACGUUUUACCGAAAAGAGCACCUGAUUGUGCACGGGAGGACCCAUUCAGGAGAAAAACCGUAUUGCUGUGAUAUAUGUGGAAAAGCAUACAGUCAGAGCCAUAACCUUACGAUUCAUAAAAGAAGUCAUUCAGGUGAGAAACCGUAUCAUUGUGACGUGUGCAGCAAACGCUUUUAUAGUAACAGUCACCUCAGAAAACACAUGAAAAACCAUUAGGAUAAAAAAAAACAUUCGAAUUGGAUAUUAGCGGUAAAUGUUUUAGCCAAAGGCCACAAAAGACCAGACAGAAGCAUACAUACAGGAGAGAGGUCAUAUGGUUUUCAUGUUUGUGCUGUGAGAUACAGGUUUGCUUUUGGUCUGAAGGUGCACCUGCAAAGUCACGUAAACAGUUAGAUUAAACAGGCAGACCAUCUCAGAGCUCACUUACAAAUCACAUUUGUGGUUCAGUUCAGUUUUUUUUGUUAGAUUAGCAUAGUCUGGGUUUAGUUGUGUACAUUCAGUUGAUCUCUUCUAUAAAGUGGUGAAGUAACGAGUCCUAAAUCGCAAAAGUCCGUUAGCCUUUUAGCACGUCCGGUUCCCUCGUCUUAAAGUUUAUGGGCUUUUUAAAUGGGUUUUUUUGGC